AUGGAUCAUAAAGUCGUUGUAUGUAUUACAAGCACGGACAAUAAAUGCAAUAGAGACCAUGAUAGAGACCAUGACAGAGAUAAUGACAGAGACAAUGACAGAAACCGUGGCAGAGAUCAUGACAGAGAUCAUGACAGAGGUGGCAGUAGAGACAACUAUGGAGAUAAUAAUACAAGUCAAAGCAUAAACGAUGGCAUAAAUGCCAAUAAUGCUAAUAGUAGCAUUACUACCACUUCUGCUGAUGAGAAUAGUCAUCCACAAACUACAAGUUCAAGUACAACAAAUUCGACAGAAUCAAUUCCAAACAAAUCAAAUACAACCAAUUCGACAGAAUCAAUUCCAAACAAUUCUAAUACAACAAUUUCGACAGGUUCAAUUACAAAAAAUUCAAUUCCAACAAGAACAUCGCAGUCCAACUCAACGAAUACACAAUCUAUACAAUCAACACAUACUUUAAUAGGAUCAAAAAAUUCAGUAUCGGCAGACACAGAUACAGUAACAAAUCCUUUUGAUUCAGAAUCACCAUUUCAUAUACCAUUAAUUAUUGGAAUUGUAAUAAUCGCACUGAUAAUAAUUCUUAUAUCAUGUUGUUUAUUAAAGAAAACGGUUUUCAAAAAGCUAUAUGGAUCACCUAAUAAUGGAUACAUACUUCAUAAUCCUAUGAGUGAAAAUGAACCUGGCAUAAAUUGGAAAACAAGUUCACUUGAUA